AUGCAAUUUAUGUACUUAUAUUUGGGCAUACUAGUCAAUGUUAUGACGAUUUUUGUUGAUUUAUUAGAGAUAGAUUCUGGCAAACUAUUAGAUAAAGAGAUAGAUUCUGGCAAACUAUUAGAUAAAGAGAUAGAUUCUGGCAAACUAUUAGAUAAAGAGAUAGAUUCUGGCAAACUAUUAGAUAAAGAGAUAGAUUCUGGCAAAGUAUUAGAUAAAGAGAUAGAUUCUGGCAAAAUAUUAGAUAAAGAGAUAGAUUCUGGCAAAGUAUUAGAUAAAGAGAUAGAUUCUAGCAAACUAUUAGAUAAAGAGAUAGAUUCUGGCAAACUAUUCCAUUCUACCGCUGAAUGA